AUGAAAUUUCCUAUUCGCAGGAAACACAAUAUACUAAAAAGAGCUAUUUGUUUGUUCCUUUAUAUUUUCUACUAUUUAAAUAUACUAAAUUUUGAAAAUAUUAUUAUAAGUUGUUAUAAUGUAAAAAGUCGAACAGAAUUUUAUAAAAAUAAAAAUACAAAAAAAUGUGUAAGUUUAUUUAUUGAUAAUACAAAAAAUGUAACUAGUAUAAGGAAAAGGAAUGCCUUUAAUUUGCUAAAUCACAAAAAUAAAAAAACAAAAUUAAAUUUUUUUAGUGAAAAUAAAAAGUAUUAUAAUAAAUCUACCAAAAUUCCCCUGAUUAAUAAAUAUUCAAAAAAAACAUAUUUUUUUACAUUCAAAAAAAAUGGCAAGCUCAAUUCUCAAAAUUAUCAUUCUCAAUUUUCGAAGGCAAACGAAAAUCCUAAAGAUAUGUCUGAAUUAGAAAAUAGAAAUAUAAAAGAAUCUUUUCCUAAUUCUAUUUUAAUAAGUUUGUCAGAAGUGUUUGAUUUUUCUAUUUUUUAUGGAACUGAAACAGAUAGGAAAUAUUACAAAUAUGAAGAUAUAAUAAAAUAUAUAGAGGGUACUAAAUGGGGUAACAAAUUUCUAGAAAAUAUAAAAAUAAAUAAUAAUUUAAGUAAAAAUUAUAAUAAAAGAAAAGAUAAUGAAGAAAUUUAUUUUGAUGAUAAACCAAUAUUAAUUAGAGGACGAAUAGAAAAAAAAGAUAAACAAUCACAACGAAUUAUUUUAUAUUUAAGACAGAAUAGUGGAUUAUAUAUUAUUUGCGUAUAUGAAAAAAAAAAAACUAGAAAUGAAAAUACUUCUAAAAUUAGUAAUACAAUAUCUAUUGAAAAUGGAGAAAAAGAUGAAAUGUAUACAUAUAUUAAAAAUAUAAAAAAUGAAACAGUUGUAGAUAUUAUAGGAAAUAUAAAAAUUAACAAAAAAUUAUAUAAACAUAAAAUACCACAUAUUGAAAGUAUAUAUAAUCAAAAGAGGAUAGAAAUACAAAUAAAAAAUAUUUAUAAAAUUUCAGAAUCUUAUUAUGUUCCCCCUAUAAUCCCUAAUGAUAUUCCUUUUCUUAGGACAAAUAUUUUAUGUAACGAUAAAGGUUAUUUCAAAACGAAGCAACCUUAUGAGCAUGGUGAAAAAGAAGAAAAUGAAAACAAAAAUAUUUAUGAACACAUAGAUAAACAAAUUCAAAGUAAUAUUCCACCUUCAUUUAUAAAUGAUAAUAUUAAAAAUAAUAAAAAUGAUUUUUCUAUUAAUAAUAAUUACCAAUCAGAUUUCCAAAAUGAGCAAGUAGUGUAUCCAAAUAUAAAAGAUAACAAUGAAAAUGUGGAAAGAAAUAAUGAAAAAAAUGAAAUCGAGUAUUCCGAAAAUGAUUACUUUUGUUUAAAUUAUAGAAAUUCGAUAAAUCAACUUAUUUUUAAUUUAAAAAAUUCAAUUAUAAAAAAAAUGAGACAAAUUUUAGAAGAAGAUAAAUAUAUAGAAGUAUUUACUCCUAAAUUAAUGAGAAUAGAUAAACCGCCAAAAAAUAAAAGCAAAAACAAAAACAACUUGCUUAACCAAAUUGAUGAUGUAAAUUGCUAUGAACAAACAGAAAUGAAUAAUAAUAUAAAUAAAAUUAAAGAAAGUAAUGAUAAAACAAAUUUAGAAAAUUUUCCAGAAUUAAAUGGAUCAGAAGGUGGAUCGAGUUGCUUCACGAUUGAAAAUGAAAAUAUAAUACUUGCCCAAAGUCCACAAUUUUAUAAACAAAUGAUAAUUAAUUAUGAUUAUGAAAAAAUAUUUGAAAUAAAUUAUUCAUAUCGAAAUGAAAAAUUUCAUAGCACUAAACAUUUAAAUGAAUUUUUAUCAUUGGACACUGAACAAGUUAUAUAUAAUAAUUAUUAUGAAAUAAUAAUAUAUAUUUAUAAUUUUUUAAAAAAAAUUGUUAAUUAUAUUAAUACAAAUUUUAUUCAAGAAAUUGCUUUAAUUAAUUUAAUUUAUGGAAAAAAAAAUUCACACACAUCGUUUGAGCCUACUAUGAUUACUGACACUCCAAUAGUUUUAACAUUUUGUGAAGCUCAUAAUAUAUUAAAAAAAUAUUAUUAUAUAAAAAAUGAUAUAAAAUUUUGUAAUAAUUGUAAAGAAAUUUCACAAAAUGGAUAUAUUUAUGAUAAACAAUAUAAAAUGUGUGUAAAAAUAUUAGAUGAAAAUGAAAAAAACCAAUUAAAAAAAAAUAUUAUUUUUGAGGAUUUUAAUAAAAAUAAACAAUUACAUAAUAUUUAUUAUAAUAAUAAAAUUGCAAAUAAUUACAAAGUUGAUAUAAAAAAUUGUGAAAAUAAUUACGAAACUAAUAUUUCUUAUCCUAAUAAUAUAAAUCAAAAUUUGCAUUCUCAAAUAGUUUAUUCAUUUUUGAACAAAAUUAACAAAAAUGAAAUUUACAAUGAUAUUCUCCAAUUUUACAAUAACAUAUAUGACGAAAUAAUAUCUACAUGUAAAGUAUGUCAAAAUAAUUUUUUUGAUAAACAAUUUACAUCAUCUUCUUCCUCUAGUCAUGUAAAAUUAAAUACAAUUACAAAUAUGAAAAUAUGUCAGUGCAUGCCAGAAAUUAAUAAUAAUAUUCAUGAUGAAAAAAAAAACCAAAAUAACAAUAGCCUCUUUGAUUUAAAUGAAAAUAGUUUUAGUAGUGAGCCCAAUGAAUAUUCCUAUUUUAGUGGAUUAAAGAAAUAUUUAGAAAAAAAUAUAAAUAUAAAAAUAAGCGUAAAAGAAAAAAAAGAAAUUAAAAAAUUAAAAAAAUUAUAUAUUUAUCAAAAAGAUUUUACAAAUGAUGAACUUAAUUAUUUAUAUUUAUUUAUAAAAUAUAAUUUUAAUACAGAUAUAUUUGUUAUAGAUCAAUAUCCAUUGCACAUCAGACCGUUUUAUAGUUUAAGCAACAUAUAUGAUUUACGAUUUACAAAUAGUUUUGAUUUUAUAUAUAAAGGGACUGAAAUUAUAUCAGGCAGCCAAAGAAUAAAUAAUUUGCCACUUUUAUUACUUCGUAUAUUAAAGGGAAAAAUAAAUAACAACAAAAAUAAGGAUACUGAAAUAGACAUAUCAUCUUAUUUACAAAUAAAUAAAACGAAUUUUAAUUUAUCAAAUUAUUUUGAUGAUUUACAAAAAUUAAUAAAUAAAAAUUCAACAUUAUAUAAAUAUAUUAAUUCAUUUGCUUAUUCUUCCAAACCACAUGGGGGAAUGGCUUUAGGUUUGGAUCGUUUUUUUAUGUUACUGCUAAAUUUAGCGAAUAUAAAAAAAUCAACUUAUUGUUAA